AUAAUUUUAACCAUCUGGUCAAACUAAAAAAUUAAACUUCAUGUAUUAAAAACAGAGUACAUUAGUGCGUAAACAUAUAUAAAUGGACGGAACCGUGGGAGCAGUAAAUUUUAGUUUGGACAGUUUGAAAUAAAUGAUCUAGAUAGCCUUAGAAUUUUUUUGAUGAAAUAUAAUUCGAUGGAGGGGCAAAAAUAAAAAGGAGUAAAAGUGCGAGUAGAUGCCAGGAGAGUUCCAUAAGAAAGAAUUGUGUAGAGCGGACCAGGGAUCGAACUCCCUCUCUCUCCUCUUUCUCUCUCCCAUAAUAAAUAAACACAGACCGCUUCUCUCUCUCUCUCCCUCUGUAUAUAUACAUACAAGACUCUGCACCACCUAGCUUCAUUACUUGUAGGGUUCUUGUAAUAAACACCACCACCACCACAACCCCAUACAAAAACACACACACACAAUCUGCGUAGUGUGUGUUCCCCGGCCAUGGGGAUGUUCAAAGUCCCAGUCAUGUGCGGAGACGAAGUCGAAAGAGAGAUUGAACAACAAAUUUCACGUGACGGAAGCCAUUACAGUCUCACCACUACUAUUCUCCCUUCUCUCGGCGCCCGCAGCAACCGCCGCGUUCAUCUCCGCCACUUCAUUAUCUCCCCCUAUGAUCGCCGGUACAGGUCUUGGGAGACUUUUCUUGUUGUUCUGGUUAUCUACACUGCUUGGGUGUCCCCAUUUGAGUUUGGUUUCCUUCACAAAGCCAGACCACCACUUUCUAUCCUCGAUAAUGUUGUCAAUGGGUUCUUCGCUAUUGAUAUCGUACUCACUUUCUUCGUAGCUUAUGUUGAUAUAAAUACCUACCUUCUUGUUGAUGAUCGGAAGCUAAUUGCGUGGAAGUAUGCAAGUACUUGGUUGGCAUUUGAUGUCAUAUCCACAAUUCCUUCUGAAUUUGUUCAGCAGAUUUCCCCUUCACCGCUCAGGACAUAUGGUUUAUUUAAUAUGCUCAGACUCUGGCGUCUCCGCAGAGUUAGUUCUCUAUUUGCCAGACUAGAGAAAGAUAGGAACUUCAACUAUUUCUGGGUUCGAUGUGCAAAGCUUAUCUGUGUUACCCUUUUUGCAGUUCAUUGCUCUGCCUGCUUCUAUUAUCUUAUAGCAGCUCGCUAUCAUAAUGCUGCAAAGACUUGGAUUGGGGAUUCCAACCCUGACUUCAAGACUCAGAGCUUAUGGAUUCGCUAUGUGACUUCAAUGUACUGGUCCAUUACGACCCUCACGACAGUUGGUUAUGGUGACUUGCAUGCUCAAAAUACAGGGGAAAUGAUAUAUGCCAUAUUCUACAUGCUGUUCAAUCUUGGGCUGACUGCGUAUUUGAUAGGAAAUAUGACCAACUUGGUUGUCCAUGGUACCAGUAAAACUAGACAAUUUCGGGAUACCAUUCAAGCUGCAUCUAGUUUCGCUCAGAGGAAUCAGCUACCUGUUCGACUGCAAGAUCAGAUGCUUGCACAUUUAUGCUUAAAGUUUAGAACAGAUUCUGAGGGGCUGCAGCAGCAAGAGACUCUUGAAACUCUCCCAAAAGCCAUCCGCUCGAGCAUUUCACAUUUUCUUUUCUACUCCCUUGUGGAUAAGGUGUACCUAUUUCGAGGGGUGUCUAAUGAUUUGCUCUUCCAGCUGGUUUCAGAGAUGAAAGCGGAAUACUUUCCACCCAAGGAGGAUGUCAUCUUGCAAAAUGAAGCACCCACAGAUUUUUACAUUCUUGUAACUGGAGCAGUAGAUUUGGUUGUUCUUAAAAAUGGUGUUGAACAGGUUGUUGGUGAAGCUACGAAUGGUGAUCUUUGUGGUGAGAUUGGAGUACUUUGUUAUAGGCCUCAGCUUUUCACAGCACGAACCAAAAGAUUGAGCCAGCUAUUACGUCUAAAUCGUACCACGUUUUUUAAUAUCAUUCAGGCCAAUGUUGGUGAUGGGACAAUUAUAAUGAAUAAUCUUCUUCAGCAUCUAAAGGAGGAAAAGGAUCCCAUAAUGGAGGGGAUUUUACUAGAGACAGAGCAUAUGCUAGCUCGAGGUAGAAUGGAUUUGCCGCUCAGCUUAUGCUUUGCUGCCCUUAGAGGAGAUGACCAAUUAUUACAUCAACUGCUUAAACGUGGCCUAGAUCCAAACGAGUCAGACAACAAUGGAAGGACAGCUUUGCACAUAGCUGCGUCCAAAGGAAAUGAGAACUGUGUGUUACUCUUACUGGAUUAUGGAGCAGAUCCCAAUAGUAGAGAUUCAGAAGGCAACGUACCACUUUGGGAGGCCAUGUUGUCUAAUCAUAAACAAGUGAUCAAACUAUUGGCAGACAAUGGUGCUCUAUUAUCAUACGGUGACGUUGGACAAUUUGCUUGCACUGCUGUCGAACAAAAUAAUUUGGAACUGUUAAGGGAAAUUCUCCAGCAUGGAGGCGAUAUCACUUGUCCCAGGAGCAAUGGAUUGACAGCCCUGCAUGGUGCAGUUUGUGAGGGUAACAUCGACAUUGUCAAAUUCCUGUUGGACCAAGGCUGUUCUGUUGACAAAACUGAUGACCAUGGUUGGACACCAAUGGCCUUAGCUGAGCAACAGGGACACGAAGAUAUAAAACUUCUUUUUCAAUCUUAUAAACCGGCAACAACUAAAUCUGCUGACAGUUGUCUGCCUAAGGAAAAGCAGGGAGUUCGUUUUCUAGGGAGAUUUAAAAGUGAGCCAACAAUACGACCCAUCACUCAUGAGGGGGAUGGAGAAGGCGGAUCACUAGGACGUUCAAGUACUAGACGUCGCCGUGGUGACAACUUCCACAAUUCAUUAUUUGGGAUCAUGUCAUCUGCUAAUGACGAGGAUAAUGACUUGCUUUUAUCUGUAAAUCAAAACAGAAGUGCAUUAAAUGUUAGAUAUGUAGCUAGAGUGACAGUUAGUUGCCCCCAGGCGGGAGACUUUACAGGAAAGCUUGUGUCACUCCCACAGAGCUUUCAGCAGUUGGGUGAGAUCUGUAUGAAGAAAUACGGUUUCUUGCCUACUCAGGUUCUAAUCAAAGACGGAGCAGAGAUUGAAGAAAUAGAGUUAGUUAGGGAUGGUGAUCAUCUAGUUUUUGUUGGUGACCUCAGGAAGAAUGAACAAGAACCACAAAAUGGUGGAUCCAUGAGAUGACAGUGUCUCUGCCAGAUUCUUUGAAUUGCCAUUGUGGCAGCAAGGAAGCCAUAUGCAAUGCCAAGAAUGGCAAAGAUGACGACAAAAACAAGAACCAGUGCAAAGCAUGCUUCCAGAGAUGCAGGAAAAGAAUCUAAG